GUUGUUCGGUCAGUUGCAAUCGAAGAAGGCGGGAGUGUUGUGUACCCUCCGUAAGCGAUAAUGCGGAUUAUUUUUAACUUGUGUCAUUAUUAGUGCAGUGAUAAUAAGCCCGUUAUAAAAUACACACACAGCGAAUAGUUUAGGGAAACAUAGUAAAAGUACGUGAAUAAAGUUAUACUCUCUUAUGGACUUCUUAAAAGUUUAGUCCAAACGUAAUGGCUGACGAUUGUCGAGUGUAUAUGUGUACCCCGAGGAACCUGCAGGAACACGCAGUUAACACGGGAAAAGAUGGCGAGAUAAAAUUAAGUAUCGAGUUCUGGCGACCAGUUUGCGGUGUGUCCGACGCGCGCCGAACUCUGCCGACGCCGCCAGAUAGUUAGAGUUCGACGGCAAGGACGUCAGUUGCGAAUGAACUCUCGUACCGAGAGGCAGAAGGUAGUGCGCGAUGGGGCGUCUUGUCGCCCGGCUUGUUGUCUCCGCUGCUGUCUGCCUACUGCUCACAGAAAUUGAAGUGAAUGCGGGGUCUCUUUACGACACUCAGGGCCCCGUUUUUGUGGGUGAGCCUCCUCCUAAAGUAGAGUUCACUAACUCCAGUGGUGGGCGUGUGGAUUGCUCAGCCCGUGGCAAUCCGGAACCCACGGUCGAGUGGCUCGGACCUGACAACUUGGCCGUAACUUCCAUCCCUGGAAUCAGACUAGUGCUCAAUAACGGCUCAAUCUACUUCCCACCUUUCGACGCCGAGGUGUUCCGCCAGGACGUCCAUUGGGCCGUGUACAGGUGCGUCGUAGCCAACAGCGUCGGCACCAUCAUCAGCAGAGAGGUCACUGUCAGGGCAGUGGUGACCCAGCGGUACGAACCGGAAGUACAGAGUCCGGGUGGCUUUCUGGGAAAUGACGUCAUCAUCCGUUGCAACGUGCCCGCCUUCGUUAAGGAGCACGUGACUGUGACUUCCUGGCUACAGGAGCCCGCUUUCAACAUUUACCCAUCCACAGUAAGCGAUGGAAAAUAUCACAUGCUGCCUUCGGGGGAGUUAAUGGUCCUCAACAUCACCGCCAGUGACGCCAUGAGGUCCUACCGCUGCCGAACUCACCAUCAGCUGACACAAGAAGCCGUGGUCAGUCGAAACGUGGGACGAAUCCAGCUGACAGAUAUCCGAGGUCCGGUGCCCCCAGUUUUGAAUGAAAGAUUGCUCAUGCUGACAGCGAAAGUGGAUGACACCGUCGUGGUUCCUUGUGUCGCAUACGCCAACCCCAGGCCUCAGUACAGGUGGAUGUACCACCAACAGAACGGACACGAGACGGCGCUGGAGGGGACUGAGAGGCACAUUGUUCGUGACGGAACCCUCGUCAUCACGGCCGUCAGAGAGUCCGACGCCGGGACGUACCUCUGCAACGCCAGCAACAAGGAGGGCAGCGAGACUUUAGAAGUGCAGCUCAGCAUCAGUUCGCCGUUGCAAGUGCUUGUCCACCCCAGUCGCCAGAGGGUCGACCUAGGGAAAAGUGCGACUUUCCGCUGCAGUGUUUCGGGCUUUCCUCGCACGUCCAUACAUUGGCUCAAGGAUGGACAGCCCCUACGGACUGGGGCCCGAAUACGUCAGCCGUCAGAGGACAGAGUUCAUAUCUCGGCUGUGUUGAAGGAGGAUCGCGGGAUGUAUCAGUGUUUCGUCAAAAAUCAGAUAGAAAUGGCGCAAGGAUCCGCAGAGCUCAGAUUGGGAGAGGUGUACCCGCAACUGGCCUACAAGUUCAUAGAACAGACUCUCCAGCCAGGGUCUUCGGUGUCUCUGAAAUGCAGCGCUUCCGGGAACCCUACCCCCCGUAUCUCGUGGACUCUGGACGGUUUCUCCCUCCCCCAUAACGAAAGGUUGAUGAUUGGCCAGUACGUGACGGUGUUUGGUGAUGUGAUAAGCCACGUUAACAUAUCGACCGUGAAGCCUGACGACGGGGGCGAGUACGAAUGUGUGGCAGAGAAUCGUGCCGGCCGAACGAGCCAUGCAGCCAGACUAAACAUUUAUGGCCUGCCCUACGUGAGGCCGAUGCCCCCCAUUCCAGCGGUUGCUGGCCAGCAGCUGGUGGUCAAGUGUCCAGUGGCCGGCUACCCCAUUGACACCAUCAUCUGGGAGAAAGAUGGAGUGAGGCUGCCGACAAACAUCCGACAGCGCGUUACAAACGGGACACUCACCGUGGAGAAUGUUCAGAGGGCCUCGGAUCAAGGUACCUACAGCUGCACUGCACGCAACAAACAAAACUACACCGCACAACGAUCGGUAGACAUCCGCGUACUCGUGCCACCCAAAAUCACGCCUUUCAGUUUUGCCCGUGACUUAAACGUAGGCGACAGAACAAGUAUACAGUGUGUGGUGGUGACAGGGGACUUACCACUCAGCUUCAUAUGGCUCAAAGACCACUACAGCAGUCUCAAUCCAACAACAUCAACAACAAGUAUUUCCACAAGUAGCACAGGCACCACAACCGGUACGGACAUUACCACCCGACAGUAUGAUGACUUCACCAGUACGCUAAGCAUAGGGAGCAUCACGCGGGCACACAGUGGCAAUUACACUUGCCGGGUGAGCAACGCUGCGGCCACCGUCACACACACAGCACAACUCCAAGUGAACGUCCCUCCAAGGAUCUCCCCCUUUUAUUUUGAGGAUGGUGUGACAGAAGGAAUGCGAACGCAGAUAAUGUGUACAGCAAGCCAAGGAGAUCGGCCCUUUAACAUCACGUGGCGUAAAGAUUCGCUGCCCUUGGGCCACGAAAAUGACAACGAUGCUCCCUGGAUUAACGUUAGCGACUAUGCUCCAUUUUCUAGCAUUCUGACCAUAAAUACUGUAACAUCUAGUCAUAGUGGCAACUACACUUGUGUGGUCACUAACAAGGCUGGCAGUGCUGAAUACACAGCGCAACUGUCUGUCACUGUGCCUCCACGUUGGAUGGUGGAACCAACUGACCACAGUGUGGUACAAGGCAAUCCAGUAUCUCUUCACUGUCAAGUGGAUGGCUUUCCUAAACCCACAGUUACCUGGAAAAAAGCAGUUGGCACUGAACCUGGAGAAUAUCGAGAUCUCAGUUACCAUAGUCAACGAAUCCACAGUUUGGAGAAUGGUUCCCUUAUCAUCUCAAGAGCUACCCAGGAACAUGAAGGCUAUUAUUUGUGUCAGGCUGGAAAUGGAAUUGGGCCAGGACUUAGUAAAGUGAUUCUGCUAACAGUGCAUGCUGGACCUCGGUUCAAAGUACGAACACGGCAAGAAAUGGCACGAAAAGGUGAAACAGUACAUCUACGAUGUGAAGCAGAUGGUGAUCAACCUAUGGAUGUUACAUGGAAAGCAAAAGGCAGCCGCAUUGAAUCUGACUAUGAAAUGAGGUACUCAGUGAAGACAACAUCCCUGUCCCACGGUUCUCUGUCAAAGUUGACCAUAAUGGAUGUUUCACCUGUAGAUCGAGGGGACUUCACAUGCAUUGCUAGCAAUGCAUAUGGCCAGGAUCGAACCACAAUCCAACUUACGGUUCAAGAGCCCCCCAAUUUUCCCCGUAAUCUACACAUAGCAGAGCAGACAAGCCGUUCAGUGCUUCUCUCCUGGUCACCUGGAGCAGGAAGUGAUUCUCCUGUCACAUCUUAUAUCCUACAAUAUAAGGAAGCAUCUGAUAUAUGGCAUGAACACAAUCCACAACUCACAGUGGCUGGGGACCGCAGUGUGGUGCUCGUUGCAGGACUUCGCCCUGCCACAGUUUAUCACUUCAGGCUGUACGCUGAGAAUGCUUUGGGAACCAGUGCCCCUAGCGACCCCCUACAUGCUAUGACGGAAAGUGAGAUCCCAGGUGGUGCUCCCCGCCAGGUGUCUGUGGAGGCAACCAGUUCACAGGAACUCCAUGUUACAUGGCAGCCGCCUGAACGUCAGCUAUGGAAUGGAGAACUCCUUGGUUACAAAAUAGGAUUCAAAAGAAUUGGACCUGUUGCUGAAGAUGAAGGACCAUAUAACUUUACAAGAAUUGGUGCAGGAAUGGUUAAUAGUGAAGUUCGUCUCUCUGGACUGGAAAAGUUUACCAAGUACAGUGUGAUAGUUGAGGCAUUCAAUAACAGAGGUGAUGGACCAAGUUGUGAUCCAGUGAUUGUACAAACCUUAGAAGAUGUGCCCAGUGCACCCCCACAAGAUGUGAUUUGCACGCCUGUAUCAGCACAUGAUCUACAAGUCAGCUGGCAUCCACCUGACCGCUCCCACCUUCAUGGCAUUGUGCAGGGCUACAAGCUGUUCUAUGAACCAGUGGAGGAACGGUAUGAACCUGGAAAGCGAGAAAGCAAGGUAACAACUGCUACUACUGCUGUUUUGCAUGGACUCAAACCAUUCACCAACUAUAGUAUUCGACUUCUUGCCUCCACACGAGCAGGAGAUGGUGUUGUUAGUCCUGUUACAUUUUGUACCACUGAGGAAACAGUGCCUGAGGCUCCAGAGAAAGUGAAAGCUGUUCCUAGUUCAGAAAAUGCAGCAUUCGUUGGAUGGCUUCCACCUCAUCAUCCAAAUGGCAUUGUCACAAAAUACACGGUGCAUUUACGUAUUCUGGAACAAGGCCGAGAACUGAAGACUGUGAAGAAUCCUGUUGCAGCACAUCAGUUGUACUACGAAGUGUCUGGAUUAUUUGCCAGCAAAAUGUAUGAAGCCUGGGUAACUGCUGCUACCCGUGUGGGACAGGGCGCUGGUACAUCGGUUAUUCGUCUCUCCCCUGCUCCGUCUUCAUCCGUACCUGCAUCAAUUGUAUCGUUUGGCCAGCUUGUGACUGUGCCAUGGAAAGUUACUGUGAAGUUGGCAUGCCUCUGUGUGGGUAAGCCCCGACCCAGUGCAGAAUGGAGACUGGGGGAUUUAAACUUACACCAUCAGCCAAAGAUGGAAAUCAAUUCUGACAAUACACUCAUCAUUAUGAACGUAUUACGAAGCAAUGAAGGAAAUUAUUCUUGUCAUGUCCGAAACACCUAUGGAUCAGAUGAGAUCAUGUACUUCUUACAAGUUCAAGUGCCUCCUGCAGCACCUGUGCUGGUGGUGACAUCUGUGAUGCAGAAGUCAGUACAAUUACAGUGGAAACAGGGAGACACUGGUGGUGCAGCUGUGAGACAGUUCUUAUUGGCAUAUCGAUCAGUAGGUGAAGGCGGAGAGGCAGGAGAGUGGGAUGAACUGAGCAUUGAGCCAGGAGUUAGUAGACGUCUUCUUGAGGGCCUCUUGUGUGGUACACAUUAUCAGUUCCGGCUUGCAGCUGUCAACAAGAUUGGUAGUGGUAGUGCCAGUCCUGUGAUUGAUGUAACAACGAAGGGCUCAAAACCAGAAGCUCCAAAGUUAGAACACUUUCUCCAAGUCAAUAUGACAUCAGUUACAUUAUUAUUAGACACUUGGCAAGAUGGAGGUUGCCAGAUAAGGGCCUUUACUAUUGAAUACAGAGAAACUGCAGGAGGCUCACACUGGAAGUUAGUGGCUUCCAGUAUAGUAUCCCAACAAAGUUUCAUCUUGCAAGCACUUAUCCCUGCAACUCGUUAUGCACUGAGAGUGUCAGCACGAAAUCCAGCAGGCACCACUGUGGCACAGUACAUUUUUGUUACUCGGAGCACAAUACCAGGCCAACACCAGCACUCAUCUGACCAUGAUCUUAUUACUGGUACUGGAGAGGAGAGUGGAUCGCCUUUCUAUAUGGAUACUCAGGUUGUGAUUCCUGCUGCAGUAUCUGCUAUAGCUGUAGUAGGUGCCUUCAUAGCAGUUGUCUUCUGUCUUCACAGACGACCAGGAACUGGUGCAGCAGCUGGUAUAGGUGGACAAGGCUUGGAUGCAGGUUCUGGUCUUCAGGAUGCAACUGCUGCUUUGGAUAACAAGCACAAUGCAGAACAACGGGAACGUUAUUAUGCAACAGUCCGAAAACCUGCACAGUUACAGUCCCCUGGCCUUGAACGCAUACCAGAAUACUCUGAGGAUAUUUACCCAUAUGCAACAUUUCAUCUAGCAGAACAAGAAACCAUGGCAGGAAAUCCACAAAUGCCGAUGCAACAGGUGUUUGGUUAUGAGUGUUGUCCUGUGAACAGUAUACAAAGUAAACAGUGUGAUCCAGAACAUCAUUUAAAAACAAGAUCUCGGGCAGGUCGAAAAUCAAAACCUCACAAGUCAGAGAGUGAAGAAUAUGACAGCCUUGGCUCUGAUAGUGAUACAGAGCAAGGCACUUCCAGUCGUACUGAAUCCUCCAACCAUCUAGAUGAUCCAGGCCCUGGGGCAGGCAGGGCUGGCAUUCACAGACCAGCCCAUCACAAUUUCCUCUACCACACACAAGAAUCAAGUACAUCAACAGAGCCGUCACCAAUUUCUGAACACAGAACAUUUCCUUGCCACAACAAACUCAGAAGGUGUACUUCAGAGAUGCUGCAAGUAGAAUCAGAAGCCCUGGUUCUGCCACCAUCUGGCUUUGGUGAUGUCCAUACUCAUGAACUGAGUGAAGCUGAAUGCGAUAUUGGCAUGGACAUCAACCUGGCUCGAAAAAUCCGUCUUCAUAGCCAUGAUUUUACCAUAGCUGUGUGAGACCUAUUGAUAGGUUGCUGUCCGGAGGUUGUACUGAAGCCGAGGCAUGGAAAUGUGAAUGAGUACCAUAUUGGAGCAAACCCAAAUCAUCCAAUUUUUAACAUCUUACAUUUUGAGUAGAAAAUAUAUUAAUUUUCUUUGACUGCUUUUUGAAGGCAGUGGCCAACUAUAACUCUGUGAUCAGAACUCCUUAAAAAAUAUUCAAUUUUACUGUUCAAUGGGUGAGUUACUUCCUCUGUUUUAAUUAUAUAUUCAAUAUUUUUCACCCUUUGAAGUCUUCCUUGUUGAGAAAUUUUGAUAGUCUCACAAAAGUCUUCUUAGAACUGUGGAUAUGCAUAUGCAUGCAUGUGUUUUGGUCUGUGAGUCACUGUGCAAAUUCUUCCUAUUUCCUUUUAUUUGUAACUUAUUCUAAAGGUUAUACUAGUCUUUCAUUAUUGUGUUUUUUAUGCUGUGUGCGCAUGCAUGUGCAUGAGUGCACACACUCUAAUAUGAGGGAGAAAGGGCUGUUACCUAUUCUGACCGUGUUCAAGAAACAAUAAAACACUCUGAACACCAUCACCAGCAAUAUUCCUGAUUCUACACAGGUAGCAUUCAAGUCAUGUCAUUUGGGUUGACUCUAAUAUGUUAUCUGUAAUUUCAGCGGCAGUGUCAAAUUUAAAACUGUGUCUUGAGACAUUCUGGAUUAUUCCAGGUGUAAAUUUUGCAUAAACUUGUGUUGUAAUUUUGCAUAUGAUGAGGCUUGGAUUGUACACUCAGUAGAAUUCCUGGAUAAGAAUAUCAGGCUCAAUUUAUGUUACUGUUUGACUGUUGUCACAGAAUGAUAUAAGAAUGUGCAAGUUCAGUCAGUAUUUUUAAUUAUCUUUCUUUUUUUUUUAUCAAAAAUGAAGUAUAAUUUCCAACAGUGUGUUAAGUCAUCUGUCCUUUAUAAUGACAAAUUUUCUGUUAAAUUAUUAAAUAGGAAUAUUCAAAAUAUUAAUACACUUUUAAAAGAUGCAGAAGUCUUUAUAAACUUCUCAGGAAAUUACUUUUGAAUUGUGUGUAGCUAAAUAUAAAGACAUAAAAUUGCAGUCUAUUUAAAAAUGUGUUCUCAUCUUAACUUUUCUUUUUCUUUAAGGGAGUGAUUUAUUGUGAAUUGAAACUUUGAAUAUGUGGAAUUAUGUCCAUUCAAAAUCACUGAAGCCAUAUUGUCAUUUCAGAAUUUAUGAUCAUGUUGGGUGAUCAAGGUUUUCUUCUAUCUUUCGCAUGAAUUACAAUUACUGACCUAUCAAAUUUAGAAAACUGUCUUCUGCAAGCAGUUGGCAGUUUGCCUGAUAAUUAAGUCAAUACUUUGUACUUAAUCACACCAUUAGUUAUGAAUGAAUCACACCGUAUUUUAUUUCCCUAUCCUUAGUUCAUUUGAUGAUUCUUCCAAUAGCGUAGAUAAUAAAACAAUCAAUGGAUAAUGAAGAGGAAAUAAUGAUGUAGGAAGAGUUGUGUGCUAAGUCAAGGUACUAUCCUUGUGGGUUCCUGGAGUAAGUGAGAAACCCAGUGAAAGUUUCAGUAAGGACAGCUGGCCUCCUGCUAGAAAUUAGAACUCAAGUCCUCCCAAAUAUGAAGCAGGAAUGCCAGUCAUUCAAUCACAACAUUCAGUGAACAGUCUGUGCUCUGAAUUGAUUCUUGUGUUAAUUAUGAGUGGACCUGUGGAUACCUGCACAUUCUUAAAUAUAUUGACUUCUACAUUAUUGAAAGUUAUAUUUAUAAUAUGUUUGAAUA